UUUUCCUAAUGAGAUAACCAGGACAUUUUAAUUGUGGUGACGCCCAAAUUCCACUUUCUCUCUCUCUCUCUCUCUCUAAACGCUCCAGGCGUCCAUUGAAGAAAAAGUGCGAGUGUUAAUCUCUGCACGCUCCUUCCUUCGCUCCUGCAAUAACCACAAACAAUGUACAAUUUCUAGGGUUUUCAAGCACCACUUCUGCAACCACUCCAUAUUAAUCUUAAUUGUCUGCAAAAUUUCCUUUCUAUUUCCGUUAGAAUUCCCAGGGUUUUGUACCUUGUGUUAUCUGCAACCCGUCCCUGAGAAGCCAUCGAGAUAGCUCUGCAAUUGAGGUUAGAGCAAUCGAUCACAAAAAUGCCUAAGAAAAUGGGUGUAAACAGCAAAGCUGAAGACGCUAGGGCAAGAAAGAGCGCAACAGAGGCUGAGAAGAAAGUGAAAGAAGCUCGAGAUAAAGAAGAACAGUACUGGCGCGAAGCUGAGGGGUCUAAAUCCAGAGCUGCCAAGAAAAAAGAGGAAGAAGCGGAGAAGAGAGCGGAGGUGGCUGCUAAGAAAGCAGAGGCUCGAAGGUUAGCUGAGCUCGAAGAGAAAGAGAUGGAGAGCCUUGGUAAGAAGCCUGAUAAGAAGGCGAAUAGGGUUUCGAUCCCCGUUCCAAAGGUUACUGAGGUUGAGCUCGAGAGGAGGAGAGUGCAAGAGAGGGCUGAGAUAAACCGGAGAGCUGAGGAAGCGAAGAAGAGGCAGAGUCGGAUGGCUGAUGAGGAGGAGUAUGAGAGGAUGGUUUCGGUUGAAAACAUAAAUAGGGAUGAUAGUUUGAUAGAGGCUCACUCCGUUGAGGAUGCUCUCGCUCUGAUGAGUGUUGAUCCACUACCGGUUGAUAAGCACCCCGAGAGAAGGCUCAAGGCUUCAUUCAAGGCUUUUGAAGAAGCUGAGCUUCGCAAGCUGAAGGAGGAAAAGCCUGGCCUCACACAUACCCAGUAUAAAGACAUGAUAUGGAAGUUAUGGAAGAAAUCUCCUGAUAAUCCUCUUAAUCAGGUGUGUUUCAAAAGUCUGAAGCAAGAAAUAAACUUUUCCUUUCUAUUUGUUUUAUUCGCUCUGCAUACCUAUACAGAAAAUAAAAGCUUUUUUUUGGGUAAAUAAAAGCUUUUGGAAUGAACAAUGACCAUGUUGCUCAAAAGAAGUAAGCAUUUAAGAUUGCCUUGCCCACCCCUCAAAAGAAAGGCAUGUUGCCCUCCCCUUGAAUUAGGGGAGAUAUUGAUUGGGACAUAGGUUAUGCCAUAUAGCUAACUAUAUGUCAUCUAAGUGUAUUUUUUAGCAAUUCACUUUGACAAAGGCUAUAAGGGGCUUUGAGGGACAUUAUCUAAGUGUAUUUUUUAGCAAUUCAUUUUGACAAAGGCUAUAAGGGGCUUUAAGGGACAUUGAUUG